UCAUUGAGAGGCAAGUUGAGUUCUGCUCAGACUGAGGGGUUUACCCCCUGGAUGGCAACUUUUAAGGGAGAGGCAGGGAAAAAGUGAUAAUCCAAAUGAUCAAAUGCACUCUCAUAGAUUCUUCUACUUUUGGUUGGGAAAGAUCUGAAUGUCGUACACCAUGGGCAACGCAGCCAUGUGUAAGGUGUGUGGUACAGACAAGGGCCUAAGAACUGCUGGGAACCAGUCCAACCUGGACAAGAACACUUUGCCAGAAUGCUACUGCCCUGAACAUUUUCCUGUGCAGCCUUCACUAAUGCUGUCGGAUAGCAACACCAGUUUUCUGCGAGCAGCGAGAGCUGGGAACAUCGACAAAGUUUUGGAAUAUCUUAAAGGAGGUGUGGACAUCAGCACCUGUAACCAGAAUGGUCUGAAUGCUCUGCAUCUGGCUGCCAAGGAAGGUCAUGUGGAUCUGGUCCAGGAGCUGUUAGAUCGGGGUGCUUCUGUGGAUUCAUCCACAAAGAAAGGAAACACAGCCCUGCACAUAUCUUCUCUGGCUGGUCAGGCAGAAGUUGUGAAGAUCCUGACCAAACGAGGAGCUGACAUCAAUUCACAGUCUCAGAAUGGAUUCACUCCUCUCUACAUGGCAGCCCAGGAGAAUCACAUGGAUGUGGUGCGCUACUUGCUUGAGAAUGGAGGCAACCAGAGCAUUGCAACAGAAGAUGGUUUUACACCCCUGGCAAUUGCCCUCCAGCAGGGACACAACCAGGUGGUCUCCAUCUUACUGGAAAACGAUACCAAAGGCAAGGUUCGCCUGCCUGCCUUGCACAUUGCCGCACGCAAGGAUGAUACCAAAUCAGCCGCCCUGCUACUUCAGAAUGAUCACAAUGCCGAUGUCCAGUCGAAGAUGAUGGUCAAUAGGACUACUGAGAAUGGCAAGAGUGGAUUUACCCCGCUGCACAUUGCUGCCCAUUAUGGAAAUGUCAAUGUGGCCACUCUCCUACUCAACCGUGGAGCAGCCGUGGAUUUCACAGCCAGGAAUGGAAUAACUCCUUUACAUGUGGCGUCUAAACGUGGCAACACCAACAUGGUUCGCCUAUUGCUGGAUCGGGGCUCUCAGAUCGAUGCUAAAACACGGGAUGGCCUUACCCCCCUCCACUGUGCCGCUCGAAGUGGACAUGAGACAGCAGUGGAGCUACUGCUGGAGAGAGGAGCCCCUUUACUGGCCAGGACAAAGAAUGGGCUGUCCCCACUACACAUGGCGGCACAAGGCGACCAUGUCGAAUGCGUCAAACACCUUCUGCAGCACAAAGCUCCUGUUGAUGAUGUCACACUGGACUACCUGACAGCGCUGCAUGUGGCAGCUCACUGUGGUCACUACAGAGUCACCAAACUGCUGCUGGAUAAAAGAGCCAACCCUAACGCCAGAGCUCUGAAUGGCUUCACUCCACUGCACAUAGCCUGUAAAAAGAACCGGGUAAAAGUGAUGGAGCUGCUGGUUAAAUAUGGAGCGUCAAUCCAGGCAAUUACAGAGUCUGGCCUGACUCCCAUCCACGUAGCAGCUUUUAUGGGUCACCUGAAUAUCGUCCUGCUCCUGCUGCAGAACGGAGCCUCAGCGGAUGUCAGCAAUAUACGUGGAGAAACAGCGUUACACAUGGCAGCCAGGGCUGGCCAGGUGGAGGUGGUCAGAUGUCUGCUGAGAAAUGGAGCGAUGGUGGACGCUCAGGCACGGGAGGACCAGACUCCUCUUCACAUCGCGUCCCGUCUCGGGAAAACAGAGAUCGUGCAGCUGUUGCUACAGCACAUGGCCCAUCCUGAUGCUGCCACAACCAAUGGCUAUACCCCGCUCCACAUCUCUGCCAGGGAGGGGCAGGUGGAGACCGCUUCAGUGCUACUGGAGGCUGGGGCUUCCCAUUCAUUGGCUACGAAGAAAGGGUUUACUCCUCUGCAUGUGGCUGCCAAGUAUGGAAACCUAGAUGUGGUUAAACUGCUGAUGCAGCGCUGUGCGCCUCCUGAUUCUGCUGGAAAGAAUGGCCUCACUCCCCUCCAUGUUGCAGCACAUUAUGAUAACCAACAGGUGGCGCUCCUGCUUUUGGACAAAGGAGCGUCUCCCCAUGCAAUGGCUAAGAACGGCUACACUCCUCUGCAUAUUGCGGCUAAGAAGAACCAGAUGGACAUUGCCACAGUGCUGCUGCAAUACGGCGCAGAGACCAACAUCCUGACCAAGCAGGGGGUCACACCACUCCAUCUGGCCUCCCAGGAGGGUCACACACACAUGACGGCUCUGUUAAUCAGCAAAGGAGCCCAGAUUAAUGUUUCCACCAAGAGUGGCCUAACCGCACUCCAUCUGGCCGCCCAAGAAGACAGAGUAUCGGUUGCUGAGAUUCUCUCCAAGAACGGUGCCAACUUGGACCACCAGACUAAACUGGGCUACACCCCACUAAUUGUAGCGUGUCACUAUGGUAAUGUCAAGAUGGUGAACUUCCUUCUUCAAAACGGGGCCAGUGUCAACGCCAAGACAAAGAGUGGAUACACUCCGCUUCAUCAAGCGGCCCAGCAAGGAAACACACACAUCAUCAAUGUUUUGCUUCAGUAUGGGGCCAAGCCCAACGCCAUUACUGUGAAUGGAAAUACUGCGCUGGGUAUAGCUCGGAGGCUGGGCUAUAUCUCUGUGGUGGACACAUUGCGAGUCGUCACUGAGGAGAUCAUCACCACGACUACUACGGUGACAGAGAAACACAAGCUGAAUGUGCCUGAAACCAUGACUGAAGUACUGGAUGUAUCAGAUGAAGAAGGUGAUGACACAAUGACCGGUGAUGGCGGAGAGUAUCUGAGGCCUGAAGACCUCAAGGAACUGGGAGAUGAUUCCCUGCCAGGACAAUACCUGGAUGGGAUGAACUACCUCCGUUUCAGCCUAGAGGGGACGCGCACUGAGAGUUCAGACAGGUCCUUCACACCCACCCAUCAUAGCUACUAUUCUCCAAGACAUGAUGGUAUGAUGGACGAGAUGCUCACCUCUCACCAGGUUUCAUCACUUGCGAGGGAGAAUGAGAGAGAUUCCUACAGACUGAGUUGGGGAACAGAGAACCUGGAUAAUAUUGCUUUGUCCUCCAGCCCCAUUCAUUCAGGCCGUUCCUCUCAGUGCCAUGAUCAUGGAGACCACAGCAGCUUCCUGGUCAGCUUCAUGGUGGACGCCAGAGGUGGAGCCAUGCGUGGUUGCCGACAUAAUGGCCUCCGGAUCAUCAUUCCACCCAAGAAAUGCAGCGCCCCAACAAGGGUCACCUGUCGACUGGUGAAACGGCACCGUCUGGCCACCAUGCCCCCUAUGGUGGAAGGCGAGGGUCUGGCCAGCAGGCUCAUUGAAGUGGGGCCAUCUGGAGCCCAGUUUCUUGGUAAACUCCACCUCCCCACAGCCCCUCCACCUUUAAAUGAGGGAGAGAGUUUGGUUAGCAGAAUCCUCCAGCUUGGUCCACCGGGGACUAAAUUUCUUGGUCCUGUGAUUGUUGAAAUCCCCCACUUUGCCUCACUCCGAGGGAAGGAGCGGGAGUUGGUGAUCCUCAGAAGUGAGGCAGGAGAAAGCUGGAAGGAGCAUCAGUGUGAAUACACACCAGAGGAACUCAAUCGGAUUCUGAAUGGCAUGGAUGAGGAACUGGACCCACCAGAGGAACUGGAAAGGAAACGCCUUUGCAGAAUUAUUACAAGAGACUUCCCCCAAUAUUUUGCAGUGGUGUCACGCAUCAAGCAGGACAAUAAUUUGAUUGGUCCUGAAGGAGGCAUCCUAAGCAGUACUGUUGUGCCUCAAGUCCAGGCAGUUUUUCCAGAGGGGGCGCUCACCAAGAGGAUUAGAGUUGGACUUCAGGCUCAGCCAGUGAAUGCAAGUGUAGUGAGAAAGAUCCUUGGAAACAAGGCCUCCUUCAGUCCCAUUGUCACCCUGGAGCCUCGCAGGAGAAAGUUCCAUAAACCCAUUACCAUGACCAUCCCUGUCCCCAAGAGCAACUCUGACCCAAUUCUUAAUGGUUUUGGAGGGGACACGCCCACAUUACGACUUCUCUGUAGCAUAACUGGAGGAACAACGCCUGCACAGUGGGAGGACAUAACAGGGACAACACCAUUAACAUUUAUUAAUGACUGUGUCUCCUUCACCACCAACGUUUCUGCAAGGUUCUGGCUGAUAGACUGUCAACAAGUCCAGGAAUCUGUCAACUUCUCCACUCAAGUGUAUCGAGAGAUCAUCUGCGUUCCCUACAUGGCCAAGUUUGUGAUCUUUGCCAAGACCCAUGACCCAAUUGAGGCCCGGUUACGCUGUUUUUGCAUGACUGAUGACAAGAUUGAUAAAACACUGGAGCAGCAGGAGAACUUCACUGAGGUGGCUCGGAGCCGGGAUGUAGAGGUACUGGAAGGGAAACCUAUAUAUGCAGACUGUUUUGGAAACCUGGUUCCGCUCACCAAAAGUGGCCAACAUCAUCUGUUCAGCUUCUAUGCCUUUAAGGAGAACAGGCUAGCACUCUUCAUCAAAAUCCGAGACAACACCCAGGAGCCAUGUGGUCGACUGUCAUUCAUGAAGGAACCUAGGAACUACAGGUCACUUCACCAAAAUGCCAUAUGCAACCUCAAUAUCACGCUUCCAUCUUAUAGCAAAGACUCAGAUUCAGACCAAGAGCAUGAGGAACAGACCGGCAGAACCUUUGAGAAAUAUGAAGAGACGGAGACUUCAGUCCUGAAAUCUGAGCUGAUUCGAGAACCAGAUCUUCUGUCCGACGUGUCAGAGAUGAAACAGGAUUUGAUCAAAAUGACUGCCAUCUUGACCGCAGACUCAACAGAGAAAUCCCCUUCCUUAGGAAGGUGUGGUCUGGAGAAGGGGACAGACGAAGUUUCUGGAGAACCUUUAGAAAUAAUGGAAAAGGACCUGGAGAAAGUCAAGGAGGACCUUGAGAAAGUCAGUGAGAUACUGAGAAGUGGAACAUAUGAGGGUGAGGUGGGAGAGGAGGCAGCUAAUGCAACAACAAUAGCUGAAGAGUGGGUACUCCUCUCAGACUCUGAAAUAGAAGAGGCAAAAAAAAUGGCUGCCCUAGGAGUUCAGGAGCCCAUUUUGCGUGACAGUAAGGCUAAGAGAGGGGCUCCUAGACCAAAAGCUAUCAAGAGCAGUGGUGACCUUAAAGAAUACCUCCUGGAUGCACCAGUGAGUGCCAAAGUAAAGACUAAAAAAGAGACAGGUGUCCAAGAAAAAUUCACUGAUAUACUACGGAAAAGUGCAAAACCGUCAACUCAAGUCAAAUCCCAUGAAAGAAGCAUAACUGGUGAUGUUAAAAAAACAGUUAGAAGGAAGGGAAAAGAUCAGGAGCAGGCAGAGGGAUCAACAGAGGCAGGAGCUCUUCUUAGUGUACCAACAGCUCCCACUCCUGCAUCACCUGUGUCCCCAGUGAUUGAAGAAACCCCUAUAGGGUCAAUAAAGGACAAAGUCAAAGCCUUACAACAAAAAGUUGAGGCUGAACAAAAGAGCAAAAAACCCACUGGAAGCAAACCCUCACAUUUGCCUGUUAUAAGUAAAUCGUCCUCAAAAGCCAAAGAAUCAUCUAAAUCCAAACUUCCUAAAUCCCCAAAAGCUGAAUCAGAAAAGCUUGAGGAAACAAUGUCAGUUAAAGAACUGAUGCAAGCAUUCCAAACAGGACAGGAUCCCUCAAAGAGAAAGUCGGGGUUAUUUGAGGUUAAAACAGCUACAUCAAGAUCAGAGAAAGCCACACCAUCUCAAUCUGUUCAGUCAAAAUCUAUGACGAAAGCAAUGACCUCACAUGCCUCACAAGGUCAAGAAGUAUUGAUGGAUCCCAAAAAUGCCAAAAAACAGACCACUUUGCAGGAAAUAUAUAAAGAAAUCAAAUCUAGCACUCACUCAGAACCAUCUGAGACACUAGACUUUGGAAAUGGUGGCAUUGAUGAUAGCUCUGACAACUGUAAACAUGAGGGUGUGGCCAAAUCACUAAGUGGCAGUUCUGGAGAUCACCUUAACUCAGAGGACAGUUGCAAACAUGAGGGACUGACCAGUUCAGGCACAACCCCUGAGAGACUGUCUGGACUACAGUCAACUAAAACAUUGUCAUCAACUUCCACAAAAGUUAAAGACCUUACAGACAAGGACAAGUCUGGAGACUCUGGUGUAGGGACUUCUGGUGACCAGGUAUCUGCAGAAUUGACACUCUGUGUCUCUUCCAGCGAGGCUGCAGAUGACCACACAACAAGUGAGUCAAUGUCUGUUAGGAGGGCUGAAUUUAAGCCAACUAGACCUCAAAACCUUAUUAAGAGAGUUUCAGAAACUGUAGAAACAUUUCUUAGUGAUGACGAUAGCCCUGAUGAUCAGAUAGCAUUGCCAUUAGUUGGUUCUCCAGUCUCUAGAUCCCUAUGUAAGUAUGAUGAAAGCUUUGAUCUACCUUUAAAGCAAGAACCGGAUGCCCUCAGUCCAUUAGCUGAUGACUCUUUGACAAUAAGCCACAGAGACUCUCUAGAAGGUAGCCCUCUGAUUGAAGAAAAUUCUUCCCAUAAAUCCCCAGACUCUAUUGAGCCCAGUCCAACCACAGAAUCAUCCCCUCGUGAUUCCCUGGAGAGCAGUCCUGUACAGCAAAAAAGCCACCCAUCGUUCCCACCAGUACGCAAUGCUAAUAAGUCAUCUAACCACACAUCACCCUCUAAGGCUAAAGACCUCCCCCAAGAUGCUUUUCAUGGUAGGCUGCUUGGAGACCCUGAAAUUAGUGCUGAUGAUGACAGUUGUGAGCAGACAUCUCAGAUGACAAGUUCGGGUAAGAGUCUCCUCUCCCCUGAUACACCUAGUUCUGAAGAGGUAAGUUAUGAGGUAAACCCCAGGCUCCUUGAUAACGCAUUCCUGUGCAUUUCAUUCAAACCGGCUGCUAUCCCUGAAGACCCAGCAGAGGAUGAUGCAACAUACUAUGAAGCUAAGAAAAAAAUCACUCCAGAGGAGGAAAUGUUUAAGAUGGCUACCAAAAUAAAAACAUUUAAUCAAAUGGAACAAGAACCAAAGAGCAACAGGAGGUUUAGCAAAGAUCUGUUUUUCUCAGGAGAUGGCAAGACAGGGGAUAACAGUUGUGAAACAUUAAAGCCCAGCAGUGAAAAGCUUUCGCAAAGUGAAUGUCGACUCAAUAGACACACAGAAGAUUCAAAAUUAGCUCAUUUUAUUGGUCCAGAUAUUAAAGUACAACCUCCCUCUCCUUUUUCAGCAGGUGUGCAUGAUGGAACCCAGAGCAAAGAGGUCAAGAAUACAUCAGCCACUGUCACUUCCGAGGGAUCUCAUUCUGUCUCAGACCAGCAUCAUUCAAAAUCCAAUCUGAAAACUUCAUGGGAAGAAGUCCCAUCGUCUACUGAAGCUGUUAACCGUGUUGGUAACACAACAUCAGCAACUUCAAGCAUUGAAAACAGGACAGAUGAACAAAAACAGGAGAGUUUGAAAAGGUCAAGUGAUAAUGUAGAUAAUAGAGGUCAUAUGUUAGAUGUUAGCAAGGUACAGACAGGUAUGCAAAAACCAAAUUGCAAUGUAACAGAUGAGGUGAAAGAGGAUAGUUGGGGUCAUGCAGGAGCACCAAAAGCUGGCCUUUGUCCUGGAGUUGCUACAAGUCAAACAAAAUAUGAAGUCUUUAUCUACAAUGAUAGUGAAGAAGAGAAUGAGGAAUCAAAUCUUCCUAGAACUGAAUCAAAAGGAGUAACUGCAAGAGUGGAGACUGAGUCAUGGUCUGCCAUGCGAGAAGAUGAUGUCACUUUUGCAGCCCGUGUAAAAGACGAAGAACAGAAGAUCCUGAAUCUGGUGAUGGACCGUCAGUCUGUGCAAGCAACUCCAGACACCACACCUGGUAGAACACCAACAGAAGAGAGCACUCCUACCAGUGAGCCCAACCCUUUUCUUUUCCAGGAAGGGAAGCUCUUUGAAAUGACACGGAGUGGUGCGAUUGAUAUGACUAAGAGAAGCUAUGAGGAGGAGGGGGGUGGCUUUGCUUUUUUUCAGAUAGGUGACCAGUUUUUAGAGGAGCCUACCGUAAAUGAGCCCAGGCAAGAAAGUAGAUCAGCUGGAGAAUCAGCAAUAGGUCUCAAUUUAACACUGGAGCUUAAAAUUGGGGAAGAUGAAAUAUUAAAAGAUGUUACUGAUUCACAGCUUCAGUCCCUAUCUGAGGGAGAUCAGUUAGGCUGUAAAGCUGAUACGUCCAAGUCUAAAAUUCCUAAAAUGGGCAUUUCAGCGUCUACUAAAACUUCAAAGAAAGAUCUGGUAUGCCCUGAACCUUUUGAAACUAAAACAGAAAACAUCAUAAGUGAAGGAUUAUUAGAUUUAGAAACAACUGAACAACCAAUAACAAAUGUACAGACUGCAGAAACUACUGUAACUAGAUCGGUUUACUCUGAGCAAGGCCAAGAGUCCUCUGAUUCCUCCCCAGAAGAGACAAAGUCAGUGGUAGAAGCCCACAAAACAACAGGCAAGCAGCCACUUAAAGGUGCUUCCCAAAAUGGUAAGAAGAUACAAAGCACAGCCAAAGCACAAGCUAGGUCUGUUCCUCAAAGUCGAGCAAAAUCUAUAAUUCCCUCACCCUCUCAUGUAUCACCCCCCUUAACAGCUGUUAAAAAAGAGACCUACUUUACUUUAGACUCUAAAUCCAGGAUACCUAUCAAGGCUAGCUCUGCCAAACCUGAUUCUCAUGCCAAACGUGUGGAAUCCGCUCAAGAGAAAAAGCUUAAAGUUCCUGUAAAAAAGGGCACUAGGAGAAAAUCUGAGACAGAUGCAGGUCCUUCUGUGGAUUUUAAAACGAAGACACAAUCUUCUAAAGCCAAAAGCUUCUGUGAGGGGGAGUCUACCAGAUCACCUAUUAAAAAGGUGCAGGAUUGUCCCGUGAGUGUUGAGUCUACAAGAUCUAAAGGUUUUCAGUCUAGGUUGCCAGUCCGUGGCAAAACUACUCACUCAUCUCAUUCAACAACAACAACUAAACCAAAAAGUAAACCACAGAAACAGUCUAUUGAGUUCUUUGAAGAGAUCAGUGAUGAAGCAGCAAAAAUCGUGGCAAGGUUGGCACAGGCUGAGACAGAUAAAGAUGAAGAAGCUGUGACUGCUCUCUCAGAUGAUGAGAGCAGUCUUAUUGAUCCAUCCAUUAUUGAAAGAGAACCCUUCCCAGAUCUGCGGUUCCCACCCUCAGGAGACGUCUUUCCCAUUAGACCACUGUGGGACGAACCUGUUGAGACACAGAUGCAGCGAAUUCCAGAUGAUAAAGUCCAAAGUCAAGUAGAUCCACAGGAUGAAGCAGAAAGAAAUGAACAACGGUUGGCCAUUAUAGCUGAUCACCUGGGCUUCAGUUGGACGGAGUUAGCACGAGAAUUGGAAUUCAGUGAGGAGAAGAUCAACAUGAUAAGAACUGAAAACCCAAACUCUCUGCAAGAUCAAAGCCAUGCCCUUCUGAACCUUUGGACUGUGACAGAAGGACACAGUGCCUCAGCAGAAUCAACACUUAUAAAGAGGCUGACAAAGAUCAACCGGAUGGACAUUGUUCAUCUUAUUGAAACCAAGAUAAACAAAUCUGCAGAAGAGGAGACAUCUUCACAUACCUAUGCAGAGAUUGAACAAACCCUCAUGCUGGACCAUAGUGAAGGUUUUGGCACCAUUCAUGAAGACAUUGACAGUCCAAGGUCAAGCAGAUGUAAAGAAGCUGCUGGCAGAAUCCCAGUUUUAGUUCAAGAAGUACCUGUGGUAUCAGCAGAGGAGCUAUCUACUAGUUUAUCAUCGCUUCAAGAAACAUCAGGACGAUUUGAGGCAGGUCAAAUGGCUACAGAAUUCAUGAAAAAAGCCCAGAAAGAAAAACUACAAAGAGAGUUGGAAACAACAAACUCAUCACAAAAUAUAUAUGAAGAAGUGACAGACCUGGUACAUGUUGGGAGUUACAAGCAAGAGAUAGCAGAGGAGCUAGGAGCACUGUCCUCUGAUAGCUCAGAGGAGGAGGUGCUGACCACCAGAGUGGUCCGACGCAGAAUAAUCAUUCAGGCAGAUAUCCUGCCAGACAUUCCACCACAGACUGUGACUGAAGAGAAGUACACAGAUGAGCAUGGCAACAUGGUAGUGAAGAAGAUCACGCGGAAGGUGAUUCGUAAAUGUAUGUCUCCGGAUGGGUCAGAAACACAGGAAGUGAGCAUUGAGGGCUCCCACCAGGAGAUGGUGAAGAUAGAGGAAGGAGAUGCUGUGUCCAGAGUGGCAAAGAGAACUGUGCUUCACAGCAAGGGAGAGCAGAAAGAGCUGACCUUUUCUGAACCCCUGGCUCUGGGUGCCACCACAGUAUCAGAGUUUGAGAUGGAACCUGUUCAGGGUCGAAAAGUCAGCAAAGUUGUCAAGACGACCGUGGUGAGGGGUGAGAGGAUGGAGAAGCAGAAAGGAGACCCCUUGUUGUCUGCAGACCUCCCCUCAGCCCAGGAGGACUUUGAGAAGGCUUUGAGUUAUGCUGGAGGUUUUGGCAAAGUGCUGCUGCCUCAUGUGGUAGAGAAGGAGAUGGUACAGGAGGACGGUUCUGUGGUUAAAAGAAGCCAGAUGUUUAAGUCACGCAGCCAGAAGAGGACCGUGGUGAGGGAUGCCCAGGGGAAGCAUGUACACCUGGAACGUCUGGACGACACCCCGGACGCUCUGCAGCCUGAUGCCCUGCAGCAGCACUUGCGCCACCUGCUCCAAAGGUACUGUGAGGAUGACCAGGAGGAGGAGGAAGAUGAGGAAGAGGAGCAGGAGAGCCAUGACUGAGCAGCUACUUCCACUGAACUCUUACUACAUUUUCCGAAAUGUUUGGUGACGUUUCUCAGAACCAGAUGUUCUCCUCUCAAGUUGUUGGUUUGUAGAUUUCAGAACAGGAUUUGUGCUUUAACAAUUUUUUUCCCAUUUACAUUUUUGACCAAAGAAAGCACCUCUCAAAGUUUUAGAUCUUUUAUUUCAUAGUGUUCAGUUCAUUGUUGUUCAAGGGAGCUUCUUGCACCUCAUUCAUGGGCCUCUUCUUCAAGAACUUUUGUAAAGAUUUAUACAUAAAGAAGAUGAAAGGAAUCUAGAUGUGGCUGGACAGAAAAUCUACAAAUUGUUACAGCAUUUAAUACAGCAUGAAAACCUGCUGUACAUGUACUGAUAUAGCUGGAGAAAUUACUCAUAACAUUACUGUUCCAUGGAGAUAAUAAAAUGGUGAUGUGUGUGUGUGUGUUUCAGAGCCAAACCUAUAUCAUCAUAGCUUUUAUCUUCAUCAUGCAUCAACCCUUAUUUCAGUUUAAGUCCAGUGUGUCACAUUGUAGCGUUGUAGAGCCUCCUCUGGCAUGUGACUGUAAAUAGUGUGUUUAUUGAAAAAGAAAGUAGUGAUGAGGAAUGUGUCACCUGGAGCACCUCUCCCCACCCAUAGGUUCUACUUUGUUCUGCAAACUGGAAUUCCAAACUUUUAACAGCGAAAAGUCUAAGUCAGAUUUGCUGGUCAAUACAAACUCAUAUUUCUCUGAAGACAAGUUUAUGAAGAAACUGCUGAAUGGAAUUGGCUUUGAAAAAGACUUGUUAAAGGCUGGGGGUUAUGUGAGGUAGUAAUCAGUAGUCAUUCCUACUUGUGCAGUAGAGCAAUGUUUUAUUGGCCUGGCCAUCACUUUUGUAUGUAGUUCACUUGAUUCUUAUUUCCCUUCAGUGCUCAGUCUCAUUGAGUUUCAUUUCUCUCAUAGAUUUUCUACCAGGCCAAUCGGCAAACAGGAGAUAUAGUGAACGGUGACGUUGAUUUUUCUGCACUGUUUUAGAAUUGUAGUCUAUCUGUAGUUUUAGCAAUGGCAGCGGAAGAGAAGGAAGCUUUCAAAUAUCAAAGUAACAUUAACAGCAGCAUCAUUUAGAUCAGCUCUCCUCUCUUCACAGUGGAUCAAAUCUGAUCGUUGUUCACAGCACAGCACAGGAAAGCUUCUUAGCAUAGAAGUGGCACAUAUGUAAAGGGCAAACAUUAGCAGUUGGGUAAAAUUUAAAACUUCAACACAAUCCAUGCCUCCAGGAAGCUAUCGUUUUGUUCUCUGAACGAAGUGAAGUGGCUGGUUUUUACCAGGAUAACAAUUUAUCAACAUGAGUUUACUUAGAAAGACAAAUUAAUGAAAGCAAAUAGUUGACAGCAAAGCAGAUUUCCACUUCAAGGUCCUGGUGUUCCUCUCAGUUUCUACAAACUCAAGCUGCUUAAUCCUGACAAGCAAAUGCCCCAUUUCACACUAUUUUUAAGAAUUUUUCCUCUUCAGCUUCUUUGGGAAGGAAUUCUUAGACAUAAAGUAAAAGAGAAGAGAUUUAUCACCACAACAGUGGGCAGUCGAAUUCUUUAAAACUAGCUUUGUUGUUUUUGUCAACAUCUGCUUCUUUAGCUGCUGUGUGUUUGGCGCCACCCUCUGUCUGGGAGCCUCACAGGGACCCUGCGACAAAAUGUACCUUAUACAUGGGCUUUGUGUUGAAGUGGACAGCAGAGCUUUGAAUCAGGUUCUCUGAAGCAAGUCGAGCUCAGACGUCCCUAGGCAACACUGUAGUAAUUAUAAAAUGUGAUCAUAUUUCAUGUGUUUUGUUGCUGCUUGCAAAGCUGGACAUCUGCAUUUCUAUAUAAAAUAGUUACAAGUGGCUGGUAUCAGUCCACCUGAUCAGCUGAGACUCGUUUUUCAAUCUCUGUAUAAUCACAGGUAGAAGCAGAGGGACAUAUGGGGCUAUAUGGUUAGUUUGACUAAAUCUGUCUGAUUUAGCUAGAUAAUUAGCUAAACAGACUGAUUAUUGUUAAUUCUGAAGCUGACGACCAACUAAAAUCAAAACUGUUCUUCAGUCCAAAUCAAAUCUGAUUGUCCUGAAACAACCUUUGUGAAGGACCUGAGGUUACGAGGUACUGUUGUUACCACUGUUCACUCAGAAACCAGCUGAAGUCCAGGCUCUUUCUUGCAUGUCAUCACAAAUGUUUCCUUUCUUAUUUAUUCCCAUCAUUUUUAGACCUGCAGCACCUCGAGCUGACAGUGUGUGUUUGGUUGUGUGUUUGAAAGGGUUCAAAAGCUGAAUGUAAAUACUGAAAAUUGACAUGGUGUGUUUUUUGUGCUCUGGCUAUUUUGGUUUUGUUGACCAGACUGAUUAGGUGCAGUGAUCACUUCAUGUUUUACUUUGCCACUGAGUGUGAUGGAAUGGCAGAACAAAACCUGUGGUGUCCACAGCAGUCAAUGAUAGAAGCAUCUUGUUUCCAUGGUGAUCUCAAUAUAUCCAUAUUAACAAUGCAAGUAUCUAUGCGGGCAUGUAUGACUGAAUUAUAAUAAAUGCACUUGAAACGUCAAAAGGCAUAGCAGCUGCAGUGUGUACAUGGCAAAACAAUAAACUGUACAUGUGCCCAACA